UGAAUGUUUGGGUAAUGAAUACAAGAUACUUUAUUCAGAAUUUAUUCAAGAAUUUUUACAUCACGAAGAAUUUAAUAUGGAUUUUGAUAAGGAUGGGUUUUCUUAUUUCGGUUGUGUUAAUGAUCUUGAAUUAAGAAUAAGAGAAGGAGAUUUUUUUAUUUCUCAAUUUCAGUUAUUUUUUUACGAAAAAUUGGGUAUGAAAUAUAUGAUUUUACUUUCAGAAUUCAUACAAAAAAGUAAUGAUAUUGAGGAUAUUACGAUUUCGUUGUGUAUUGAUGAUAUCUCUGAUUCUCAGAUUGAUGAAUUAGAAAAAAGUUAUUUUGAUUUUUCAGUUAUUGAAGAUGAAGAUGAUACUGAUUAUAUCAGUGAUGAAGGGUAUUUUAGUAGGAGUUGA